CUUCCCACUAGCUAUAUACCUUACUACGUUUGUUAGUGUGUAUUCCUUCCUCCCCUUUUAAGACACUAAGAAUCUUUCUUACUGUGAAAAGAUUGUGUGUGUGAAUUCAGAGCAGCCCCCUUAGAGGGAUUUACAGAGUUGACAGGAUUAAAUUGAAUCCGUUUCGUGAGGACAGUGUAUGUGGAGAGAGCCCAGGCUAGCGUGUCCGGCAGCACUGGGCUGGAAAUCUGGCUCUUUUGCUUACCAGGGGUGAGAUCUUGGGCAAGUCACACAAUGGCUCCGAGCCUAAGUCCAUCAUCCAAAAUUCCUCCCAAGGUUCUUGUGGAAAUUGAAUGGUUAAUGCAAGUGUCUGGCACAAUCCUCAUCAGAUUUGCGUGCUCAAUAAAUUCUGUUCUUUCCCCUGGCUUCUCCCCUCCCAUUCCGGCCAGGAAAUCCUACUCUCCACCACCCGCUUCCCUCCUUCCCAGCGGAGUGAAGAGAGCUGGCCAGAGCUAGGGGAGCAUGAUGGCUGAGGCCCCAGAGGAAGCUCAGAUGCCAGGGACCCCGGGUCAGGAUUGAGCGAGAGCAGAGCAAUGGGCUCCUCUGGACCCGGGUUUGCAGUGACGGAGACACCAACGAUUCUGAGGUCUUCAGAUGCAGGAAGUGAAAGGAGGUGUGGGGCAGACUGCACCUCUGUUUCCUUCUGGUCCAAUGCUUCUCUCCCAAAUGAUAAAAUUGAGGAAGUCAUGGGAACUCAAAAGAAGCGGAAAGGGAGUAGACACUCCCUACAAGAGGAAAGCAGAGCUGGCCCCGUAUCCAGCUGCCCUGUGCACACCACGUCUGCCUGCGUUUUGAUUUCAAUUCCGUCCUGUUAUUUACUGCCCCAAUCAGGGAAACGGGAGAUUCCCAGAUUAUAGACUCCUGGUCUUUCAGACACAAAGACCAGCAGGUCUCCAGUCACUUAGGUGGCUCCUCCUUCAGUCACCUCCAUCCUAACUCUGCAGGAUUUAGUUUUUUCCGCUCUGGUCACCGCUGCACAAAGAACUCAAGAAUCAUAGCCUCUGGACUUUUCACAGCCUUGCACGCGGGUCUUACCUGGUCCCAGCCUCCAUCUUUAUCCCAGCUCCUUCCCCAGCCUGGCCGCUGGCCCUGCCUCUACUUCAGCUUUGACAGCCUCAGAGGCCGUGUUGGUCCAAACAUGUCAGUGAAGUAUGAAGACCUCCAGUACUUGGAGAGUGAGAAGAAAAGCCAGGGGUUUACAGAUGGGCUGCCUGCCCUCGAGACCUUCCUGCAGCGGCUCCUCUCCAGCACCCGCUCCUUCCUGCUCUCCCUGGGCCUCAGCCUCCUCCUGCUGGUCGGCAUCUGUGUGAUCGGAUCCCAAAAUUCCAAGUUUCAGAGGGACCUGGCAACCCUGAGAACAACUUUCAGCAACUUCACUUCAAACACUACGGCUGAGGUCCAGGCACUGAAAUCCCAGGGUGAGCCUGGUGGAAGCUUGCAAGAAAUGAUAACAUCUCUGAAAGCUGAGGUGGAAAGUCACAAGCAGGAACUGCAAGCAGCCCGUAGCUUGAAUGACAAGGUGCUUUCUCUGGAGAGCAGCCUGGAGAACCAGCUGCAGGAACUCAAAGCAGGUUAUUCCGAAAUGCUCUUGCGAGUCCAACAGCUGUUCAAGAACCUGAACUCCCUGACCUGCAAGAUGGCUGCUCUCAAGAGCAAUGGCUCGCAAAACAACUGCUGUCCUACCAGUUGGCUGGAGCAUGAAGGCAGCUGCUACUGGUUCUCUUCCUCGGGGAAGCCCUGGCCUGAGGCUGAGAAGUACUGCCAGCUGGAGGAUGCCUACCUGGUGGUCAUCAACUCCAGAGAGGAACAGGAUUUUGUCCAGGCCCAUAUAGGCUCCUCCUACACCUGGAUGGGCCUCAGUGAUCUGGAUGGAGUCUGGAAAUGGGCGGAUGGGACGGACUAUGAGACCAACUUCAAGAACUGGAAGCCAGGCCAGCCGGACGACUGGCAAGGGCACGGGCUGGGUGGGGGCGAGGACUGUGCCCACUUCCACCCCGAUGGCAAGUGGAAUGACGACGCGUGCCAGAGACCCUACCACUGGAUCUGCGAGGCUGGGCUGAGCAAGGGCAGCUAGGGGAGCGGACCACCUGGCCAAGGAAAUGGCGGGGCUGGGGGAGGGGGACCUUCUCCUGUGGGAGAGGAAUAAGCCCUGGGAGAUUGGAGCACUGCCAUUGUUUGGCGUUGGGUUUUUUUUUCCCCCUUAACUUUUAAAAGAUUAUCUAGAGUUCCUAAGGUAUUUUUUUUAAAAAGUUCUGCUUUAUUGAGGUAUAACUGACGUACAAAAUUGUAAGAUAUUUAAAGUGUACAUCGUGAUUUGAUACAGGUAUGCGUUGUGAAAAGAUUCCCCCAUCUAGUUAAUGAACAUAUCCAUGACCUCAGAUAUUUAUCUAUUUUUUAAGGUGAGAACACUUAAGUUCUACUCUCUUAGCAAAUUUCAAUUAUACAAUACAGU